AUGAAAACGGUUAUUAUCACCGGAGCCUCCUCGGGAAUCGGAAAACAUGUGGCCAUACACUUUGCAACCAAGGGCUACGCCAUCUCCAUCACCGCUCGCUCCAAACAAAACCUGGAAGAAACGAAGAGAGCCUGCGUUGCAGCCGGGUGUCCGGAGCGUAAGAUCGCCAUUACUGUCGGCGACUUGACGAUACCCGGAAUUUGUGAGCAGAUUGUAGAAAAUACUAUCAAGAAGCUGGGAUCUAUUGACGUUUUGAUAAAUAAUGCCGGUCUUGGGGUGCCCGGCUUCAUCUCUCAGUCGUCCAUGGAAUCUCUCGAUCGGCAGCUGGACCUGAAUUUAAAGAGCCUCCAUCAACUAACAAAGCUCGCCAUUCCGCAUAUCAUCAAGGCGCGCGGGACCAUCGUUAAUGUGAGCAGCGCUAUCUCGCAGAUCCCGAACCCCACCGUCGCCUUCUACUGCAUCUCCAAAGCGGCCCUCGACAUGUACACAAAAUGCUUGGCGCUGGAAAUGGCGCCUCAAGGAGUGAGGGUCAAUAGUAUCAACCCUGGUUUCGUGAAUACCGAAUUCUUGAUGCGGAACGGGUUUUGUACGGAGGAGACGAGGGAUGAGACGCUCGGAGCCUUCGCGCAAUCACAUCCGCUCGGGAGAGGAGCCGCACCGGAGGAGAUUGCCCGUACCAUCUUCUUCCUCGCCAGCCCUGCCUCCAGCUUCACCACCGGAGCUAUUGUAAAUGUUGAUGGAGGGCUGUCGCUGAAAAAUUGCUGGCUGUCCGAAAUUGUUGGAUCAAAAAUGAAAACUGUCAUCGUUACUGGAGCUUCUUCGGGAAUCGGAAAAGGGGUUGCGAUCUUUUUUUCCUCAAAGGGCUAUGCCGUCUCCAUCACCGCCCGAUCCAAGGAGAAUCUGGAGAAAACGAAACAAGCCUGUGUAGAAGCCGGCUGUCCAGAAGAGAAGGUCGUAAUCACUGUUGGAGAUUUGACAAAACGGGAGACGUGCGAGGAAAUUAUUGAAAACACUUUGAAGGCGUUGGGGGCAAUUGAUGUCUUGGUAAACAACGCCGGAUUCGGUGUAGCUGGGGCGAUCUCGGAUUCCUCUGUGGAAUCUCUCGACAAGCAGCUGGAUCUCAAUUUAAAGAGCCUCCAUCAACUUACCCAGCUCGCCAUUCCGCACAUCGUGAAUGUCAAAGGCAGUAUUGUGAAUGUGAGCAGCGCCAUGUCGCAAAUUCCGUACCCAACCGUGGCCUUCUACUGCAUCUCCAAGGCCGCCCUCGACAUGUAUACAAAGUGUCUGGCGCUGGAGAUGGCGCCAAAAGGCGUUAGGGUCAAUAGUAUCAAUCCCGGCCUCGUCCACACCGAAUUCCAAACCCGGAAUGGUUUCUGCACGGAGGAGUCGAAGGAUGAGUUGAUGGACGCCUUCGCCAAGUCGCAUCCACUCGGAAGGGGAGCUACACCUGAAGAGAUCGCUCGUACCAUCUUCUUCUUGGCCAGCCCUGAGUCGAGCUUCACGACCGGGGCUAUCAUGAAUGUCGAUGGAGGUCUAGUGAUCGGAUCGCAUUCG